UACUGAUAUUUUUAUCAAAUAUUUUACAUAAAAAGAAAGUUCAUACGGAUCACAUAGGUAUUCACUAUCAGCUAAUCAUAAGACGAAUUUUCGCGUUUAUUGUAUAGGUAGUGAGUUCGUUAAAAUUAAUAUUUAAAAUGUCUUCGACGAAGACGCUAAUCCUGUCACUCCUCGUCCUUGGAACAGUAUGGCAUUCAGGACAAUCAGCUCCAACCGAUCAAGAUCACUCACUGGGUAUACAAAAUUCUAUCGCGAAAUUGAACGCGGUUUUCUCUAAAUUCAUAAAAGAUGAUCUAAAACCAGAACAAAAUGCUCUAUUUUCUCCUUUGAACAUCUACACCGCUUUGUCAUUGCUAAACUUGGGCACAAGUGGAGAAACCAGAAAAGAACUUUCCAACGUUUUGGGAACACCUGCUGACGAAGCUGGACUAUCCGCAGCGCAGAAUUAUUUUGGUAAAAUCCUGAACGAUCUACAAACGUCGGAUGCAGCUGAAGUAAAAAUCGCCAACACUGUAUUUGUUCAGAAAGGAUUGAAAUUGAAGGACAGUUAUGUGCAAGCAUCGAAAAAGUAUUACAAUAGCGAAGCUCAACAAACCGAUUUCGCAAAAGGAGGAUCUGAAGCCACGGAUUUGGUCAACAACUGGGUCUCAGCUAAUACGAAAAAACGCAUACCUCAAUUAUUCAAGAAUCAAAUCUCUCCAGCCACCUCUUUACUGCUCGUCAGCGCUUUGUUUUUCAAUGCCACUUGGCAACAGCCCUUCAAAAGAUGGAAUACCAAAAACGAAAAAUUCAGCACCGGAGUCAAACAAGUGGAUGCCCCACUGAUGAGUCAAACAGGAUACGUUCCUUACUUCAAAUGCGACGAUUCAAAAGUUGAAGCAAUUAACUUGCCCUAUGAAAAAAAAGAAUUCAGCAUGUUGAUCAUUUUACCAUACCAGAAUAACUCGGUGAGCGCUGUCAUCGAUGCUUACAAGCCAGAAUAUCACCAACACUUGCUAAACGGAACCAACUGGAAAAACGAAUACGUCGAUUACAAGAUACCUCGUUUAAAAUACGGAUGGUCGCAAAGCAUCAAUCAACACGUGAUUAAAGCUGGUAUAACUAAGAUAUUUGGAAGUGCCGAAUUAGAUAAUUUGGUAGAAAAUCCCGCAAGCCUACAAGUAUCGGAUAUAACUCACGCGACUGAAAUUCAAGUCGACGAAGACGGAACUAUUGCAACUGCUGCGACAUCGAUUGGAGUAACUCGUACAGCACAGCAACUUAAACCAGACCCUAUCAAAUUUUAUGUCGAUAGACCUUUUGUAAUUUCCAUCUAUCAUCAAAAAACAGGCGCGAUAUUAUUCACGGGAAUUGUGCAGAAUCCGUUGGCUUAGAAAUUUAAGCUUUUCGAGCAAUUUUUUCCAAAAUUUACGACUUAGACGAAUCUGUGUUGUCGUCGUGCAUCAAUAAUUUAGAAUUACAUAUUUUGUGAAUCGAUUCGAAUAAGACUGAAUAAAGUUAUACAAAUUUGUGAGCUACCUAAAUACCUAGAAUUGUUAAAUAAUUGUGAAAUUCAACAGAAUAAAUGCAUAUUUCAACAA